AAAGAAUAUGAUGAUGGCUGGGUGUGGUUCUUCUGAAGCAAGGAAUUCACAUCUCUUAUUUAGAGAGACAAAGCAUAAAGAAAAAGCACGAAAAGCAGACGCAAGGCAUGCCAGCUCAUGUGUAUGCAUAAUUGCAUAUGCAUGCUCAUACUGCAGGCAAAGCUAUAUCCAUAUUCCUUCUACUCAAGGCACAUGUCUGCAUGCAACUUCCAGUUUCCACCUCCCCGAUCUAUUUUGCUUCUGUAGGCUUCUUCCAGCACCGCAAUUUAUCAAGGAAAGGAAGGAAUUUUUCACAUGGAGCUGCUGCCCUUGUCGCUAAGAAAGAACUAGAUCAUAGCCAAAAAGGAAGAUUGGUCCGAUUCGUCAUGCCUCCAGAGAAGAUAAAUAUCCAGGCAAAAAACAUCGAUGCUGCAGCAGAAGAGAUACUUGGUGUUUUGGAGGACACAAACAAAGGAAAUUUGAUCUACUUCAAGGCCUGGCAAGGAUUUGGAGCAUCCGCUGUUCUUAAUCUUGUAGCCCAACGCCUGAAAUCAUCCACAAGACAGAACAAGUUUGAUAAGGUUAUCCAUGUGGAUUGCUCCGUGUGGAAAAGCAUGAGGGCUCUGCAAAAAGAAAUCGCGGAGGCACUAGAGCUUCCGCAGUCAGUGAUGACCAUCUUUGAGCGGUGUGACGAGGACGACGAUUUCAGUGGAAUAGAUGAAGGCUCCAGAGGGGUGAUAGCAGAUAUCAGAGUGAAAAUAUGCAGAAAGCUUCUCAACAGUAGAUUUGUGCUGAUUUUUCACAACGGGAGCAGCAGAUACAUUGAUUUCUACGAGUGUGGUGUCCCAGCAAUACCCCUUUUGGGUAACAAGGUGUUGUGGACCUGGCACGGGAGGUUUCGGAUCAGUCUCGUACUGGAAGAUGAGGAAAAGAAAAAGAUGAAGACUCAGACAGAUGUUCGCUUAUCUGCUUCUCCUGAAUUUGAAGUUGCGGAAGUGUUUGAUCUACUGCGAGAACUACUGCAUGAAGAGGCUUUGGAGGUUGCCAGGUGCACGAGGAUUGUUCAGUCCGAUGAUAUGAGCCACAAGAAAGUCAUGGAGUGCCUCAUAUACAGGACACUGAUUCCUACGGACUUGAAGACACAUGCACCAAACUAUUGGAUCUGCGAUGGUAUUAUACAAGGCCAAGACAAUGCAUCAGCAUGGGAGAUUGGCAAUUCUCUUCAUAGAAACAUGAGCCUGUAUUGGUCGUUUGAAUACAAUGAGGUCACAGCUCCUGCGCUACAAGUGUCGGAUGAUUUACUUGUUAACCGCUGGAAUUUCACAACCCACGAACAACUGGUAAAGGAUAACACUCGUGUGCUGCCUCCUCAGGUGACAUCCUUCUUCCUUUCUGAAGAUGAACCACCAACAAAUACAACAUCAAUAUUGCCAGUUCGCAUGUUCCAGCAUUCACAAGGCAGCAAGCUACGUGUGUUACAUUUGUCUCAUUGCACCUUCAGUUUUGCAUCUCCUCCCUUCGUCCCUUGCGUCCAACUAAGAUUGCUCCAUCUGGACCAGUGCACAAAUAUCACAGACGAUGAUGAGCAUCCAAGCCACAAUGAAAACGUGUCAUGUUUCCGGAAGCUCUGGGUGCUGGAUCUGAGGUAUACAGAUUGGUACUGGCUGCUAUCUGAAAAGAUGAAGAGAGUGAUGGUUGAACUCAGGGAGUUGAAUGUGGAGGGAGUCAAGCAUAGGAGCAUAAACGAUUUGUGUGGUGGUAGACCAAGCCUUGUAAUACUUCGAGUAACAGCAGAAGAUCCGGUACCUACGGAGAACGAAGACACAAAUAAUCAUUCACAAUUCCCCAAUAUGGGCAGUACAAACAGCCUUACGACAUCUGGCUUCAUCAACGACGUCCUGCCUCCGUCGCUCGAGUCAUUUAGCUUCAUAAACAAAGCUGCAACGUCUGCCAAGAUAUCUAACAUCUCCUUCCGGGGUUGUUCUCGGUUGAAGAAUAUACUUCUCAGAGGAAAUUUGGGGAGCCUGGAGGAGCUGGACCUCUCGGGCACGGCAGUGAAAACCCUUGACCUGAGAGAAGUUGAAGCUCCAAACCUCGAUCGUCUCAUCCUGCUGGGCUGCGAGAAGCUCUGUGCAAUAUUGUGGCCACAAGGAAAUAAAAGGGCACUGGUUUUGGAUGUGCUGCGCAUCAACACCAUCCGAUCUGGGUUACCUAGCCAAGCUAAUUCAAAAGAAAAGAUCAAUGAGGCUAGUUCUGCUACAAGAUCAUCAUCUACUCUUCCUGUUGUUGCUACACAACCAGACAUCUUUUCCUGUAAUUGGUACAUCGCUGUAAGGGAUGCAAGGCUCCUUAGGUCUCUUGACCCCCUCAAAAGAAAAUUUUCCGGGCCUUACAUAUUUAUGGAAAUAAAUUCAUCUCCUCGAAGUAGAGUUGAUGUUGAUGACAGUCAAGUUGCUAAAGGAAUCAGGAGCCUACAACAUCCUGAUCAUUAUUUAUAUGCAAGGGAUGUUGUCUUUCAAGGCCACCUGCAGUCUGGUGCUGGUAAUGAAGGCACGAUUAGCUGGAUAUGGGUGUGCCCACCUAGGCCUACUCCAAGGGCUCAACACUGGUACGUUCACUUACAAGAUGAACAGAAGAUGAAGCAGAGAUUACUACAGCAAGAACAGAGCAGCAUAGAAGGAAUUAGUACUAUUGCUAGCCGCACUGACGCGCUUUAUGUGCAUCAUAACUCAUCCAUCACUUGCAUUCCAUGCGCACAAGAUUCCACAUGGUACUACCUCCGAUGGGGCCGUGUUGAGAGGUGCCCCAACCUAUGCUCUGUCUUUGCUACUCCCCAAGUUAGAGAUGGCCAGACCACCUUUGGGUCCUUGUCUAUGUUCUGGGUGUCCCAGCUCGUGAAGGCGUGCUACAUCUGGAACUGGAGUGAAGUAGCUCAGCCUGGUAGUCGUUCGUUUAAAGACCUAGCGUUCUUGCACCUGGACUGUUGCCCCAGGCUCAUACAUGUGCUUCCCUUGUCUGAGCAUAUGGACACCUUGCCUAGCCUAGAGACACUUGAGAUUGUGUACUGUGGUGAUCUGAAGGAGGUCUUCCCAUUGGACCCUAAGCGCCAAGAGAAGCAGGAAACUAUAAAAUUUCCCAACCUAAGAAGGAUCCACCUAUACCAGCUCUCCACUCUACAGAGCAUCUGUGGGAGCAGGAUGUCUGCACCGAAUUUGGAGACCGUCAAAAUCAGGGGCUGCUGGGGCCUAAGGCGUCUGCCGGCUAUCAGCAGAAGAACUACCAAGCGGCCCAAGGUGGAUUGCGAGAAGGACUGGUGGGACAACCUGGAGUGGGAUGGGGUGGAUGCGAACCACGACCCUUCCUUCUACGAGCCGAGCCACUCGCGAUACUACAAGAAGCCCCACCUGCCAAGAGGCACCGUGCUCAGGUAAACCAUUCCUUGCAUGGGUCGAUUGCAGCUGGCACGUUGACCCUAUGGUGCUAUGGUGGUCAGUUGAAGCUUUCUCUGGAGUGUGCGGUUGUAUGUGUUGCUGGCUUGCUGCCUUACUUCAUGCUGCUUGAUUGGUCUAUGUGAAAUCUGCAUCUGCAUUGCCAAGGUGUGGCGGUGCCAGUUCAGUUUGGUUUGGUUUGAUUUGAUUUGGUUUUGUUUGGCUUGUUUUGGCCAGCUUUGCUCGACGAAGCCAUAUAUGCGCCAAAGUAAGUAUGCAUCAUCUGGUUGGAUAGAUGAUGCAUGGUAGUACAAGCUUUGAGCUAAGAGAGAAAUAAAUAAGAGAGUGCAUUGAGCUUUGCUCAUGCUGCUGCUACGCUAUGGCUCUCCCUACGUGUGUUGUGGUGUGUGAUUUGUCAGCUAUGGACUGAUUAUUGUAAUGCCAAAUUGUUACUCCAAGUUCCAUAUAUCUGAAUGGUGAUGAUGAUUUAUA